AUGAAAAUGGCAGCAGUCAAUCAACCUGGCUACGAUCGGCGACUUCUGGUGGUUGAGAGCAUUGUCAAGCAGUUCGGACUGGAGUCUAAAUCAAUCGAAACAUUGGCAUAUUAUGGAGACUGUUCUUUUCCCUUCAACAACUUUAUUUACAAGAUUGAAUUGAAGACGCCGGCAGGACGCGGCUCAUUUUCUGUUGUCGUGCGCCUGAGCAACCUCCGCGCCGAAGGGCUGAACAAUGCCAAUCGCGUCGCAAACGACGUGGCAAGCUCCUUUAUUGCUAGUCAAGCAAUCGAAAAUGCAGGCCUUGAGCAGAUUGUUCCUGUAGUCUACGCGUGGGCGCCGCCCAAGUCCAUUGACGUGAUUGAGGAAGAGAAUUUCGGAUGGGUGGUCUGCGAGUACAAGAAAGGGCAGGACCUGGAUGGCCAGCUUCCGUUGCUCUCUGGAGAGGAGAAGAAGAAUGUCCUGGAGCACAUUGCGAAAAUCGUCGCCGCGCUGCAGAAUGCGCCUGUUCCGGCGACCGUGGAUCAGUUUGGCGGAUUGACAUUUGAUGACCAGGGCAACAUUGUGUCUGCGCAAAUGGUGCUGGUUAAAGAUGGUCCUUUUGGACUUUAUGCCAAUGUCUGGGAGGCCAAGUUGCAAGCGCAGCUCGAUGAGUCGCAGACUAGUGCGGUGCUCAAUGGCUGGCGAGAGGAAGAUGUCGUUGAGAGAAUUCGCAACUUCAUCUCUGCCCAUGGCGUAUGCAAUGCUCUAGAGGGCGUUGCGCUUCGUGAACGCAAGUUUGUGCAUGGUGAUCUUACAACAAACAACAUGGUUUUCGAUACAGCCAGCAAGAAAAUUACCGGACUUCUUGAUUUCGAUUGGUCGGCCAUUACACAUCCAGCCGAGGAGUUCAUCUCUGGAUUUCGCGACAUUGGUGGGUGCGUCGACGACGAGCCAAAGGGUGUUCUGGCUGCUAUUCUAGCCAAUGAUUUCUCUGCCGAGCCAGAGAAUCUACCAGAAAUGGAGGCAAAGCAGUGGGACAUGGCAAGAGCCUGGGCUGCAGCGGCGGCGAGAAACGGCGUGAAGCUACCGGGCGACACGGCUGGCAUGGACAAGAUCAAGGCCCUGCACGAUUUUAGCAGCGCCAUCUGUCCGAUGGAGCUCAGCUGCGAGCCGAUGCUGCGGCGGCUUUCAGACGACGCCAAGGCAAAGAAGAAGAAGGAGUCGCUUGACUUGAUCAUUUCGUUUCUGGAGAAGCAUAAAUAUUAA